AUGAACUAUCUUCACGAUAGGCUUUGUUCUCUGAUUUGUCUUGGCUUUUAUUCAAUCUUCCAGGGAGAUGUAGAAAAGGAUGCUCGAAAAAGCGCCUUUUUCUACGACGAGGCCGCAACGUUCCUCAAUGAAUGCGACAAGAUAAACCCAGAACAUCCUCUGCUUUGGGUUUCUAAGGGCGUCCUCAUUAUGGCCCGCAAUAAAAUGCUGCGAGAAAGACAUGUAUAUGAAUCGGCUAGGGCACAUUUCCUAUUUGUAUUGGAGAGGUAUCUAGACUUCACCCCUGCACUGAUUGGGCAGGCCGAGGCUCUUGCAUUAAAUGCAAUUAAUUUUGGAUUUUCCGAUAAAGGAAAGGCUCAAAGCUGCUAUAUUUUGGGCAAGAUAUAUCAUUGCCAAGCCAAUUUUGACGAUGCCUAUGCAUACUACUUUCAGACGACGAGAUUUGAUGCUGAUUUUGUUGCUGCCCAUUUUGGACUUGCACAGCUUUAUUUCCAAAAGAAAGACUUUACAUCGGCAAUAUCGGCGUUGGAGCUUUGUUUAGACCUUUGUCCAAAUCAGCCAGCCUCUUUGAAAUUGAUAUCUUUUCUCUAUACGUCCAACCUAAAAGAUAGGAAAAAGGCCAUAAAGGCCAUGAAAUCCCUUCUUUCGAUGGACCCAAACGACCUUGAUACUAUGCUACAAUUGGCUUCACUUGUAGAGCAAAGUAUUGCAGAAGAUGCUGUUGCCUUGUACGAAAAAUCUGUUUCCAUUCUGAAUUCGUCGAUCGCACCUAUCCCAAUUGAGGUUUUAAACAAUUUUGCUGUGCUGAUUAUGGAAAAAGACCCGCAAAAGGCUCUUUCUUUGCUGCAGGAGGCAAAGGGAUCGCCAAGCUUAGAAGCCUCCGACCUGAGAAUAGCAUCUAUCGAAUAUUCUAUUGCUAGAGCAUUGGAGAUGCUCGGAAAAUUUCAAGAAGCCAUUGAGAUAUACAAGGCCUUGAUUGCAUCCAACUCUUCAAAGCAAUUGUUGUCACACGUCAGACUUGGUUUGAUUGCGAUGGAGCUUUCUGACAAGGCAUCAUCGGACUACUUUAAAGAUGCCAUUGGUUUGAAAGAAGCUUGCAAAGAAGCUUGGGCAGGCCUUGCAUUGCUCCAUUUGCGGUCAAAGGCCGUCACGUUGGCAAGGAAAACCUUUGAGAGAAUCCUAUCGAAAAUCGAUAAACACGAUCUAUUUUCUUUGCUGUCUCUUGGAAACAUCCAUCUCAUUAUUGCUAAGCACGAGAAGCGCAACAGCCAAAAUACCUGGGAGGCCUCUUUAGGCAGAGCAAUAGAGUUUUUCCAAAAAUGCCUAAUGCUGGAUAGCAACAAUUACUUUGCAGUCAAUGGGCUGGCAAUAGCUAUUUCUAUGAAGGGACCCACUUUCCUUGCAGGAUGCAAGGAUGCCUUUCUCGCGAUCAGACAAGAGGAACCGGGCUUCAUUGAUGCCUGGAUCAACCUUGCCCACAUUUAUGUUGAGGAGCAGCAUUUUGCCGCUGCCCAAGGUAUCUACGAACAUUGCUGGAAAAAGCUAUCGACAGAGAAAAUUGAAUUUCAGGCUGCUGGUCGGCCUCUUGGCGACCGCGAAAAGAUCAUCUCUGAUCUUAUGCUAUACAUUGCAAAGAGCUUUUAUCUAACCGGAAAGGCAGUCAAGGAUGGAACCGCCUUCUUAAAAUCCAUAGAGUGGCUUCAAACCAUAAACCCCAGCACGCAGGACGAAAAACUGAUCUUAUCGUUUAACGAAGCAAUUGCCAGACAAGAAUAUUCGGCGUGUGUUCUUCAGAAGGACAUUAACUCCCAAUCUUUUGCCGACGUCAAGUGUGCACUUGACAACCUGGACAAGGCUGCUUUGAUGUUGGAGCACUUGUGCAUCAGCAUUGGCGAAAAGCACUCGGCAUCGCCGGCCACAUCCUCGCUUCAGGUUGAUACGAAAAUCGCGCGACAGCGAAUCAAAUAUUGCCAUAGUUUGAAGGCAUCUGCUCAGAAGCAAUAUGAGCAGCACUUGGACAAAGAACGGCAACGGAAAGAAUCUGAGGAACAAUACGCGAAGGCCAUGGCUGAGGCGGAGUUGAAACGGGAAGAGGAAAGGCGAUUGUUUGGAGAGGCAAAAAAGAAGGAGGAGCAACAGAUUGAGGAGCUCCGUCGAGCAACUCGUGAGCGACUGGCAGAAUGUCAAGCAAAAUGGAAAAUCGAGUCCCAAAACGAAGAGAUUUGUAUCAAAAAAAAGAAGAGCAAAAAGCGGCUUAGGGUUUCGCUUUCUGAUGAAGAAGAUUCCCAGCAUGAAGCACAGAGCGACCAUGAAGAUCAAACCGGCCAUCAGGAGGAGACAAAUCAAAUGGACAUUCGUGGUCAAGCUCAUCGAAUAGGUAAUGUUAGCAGUGAAAAUCCCGUCGAAAGUAAUGAGGAUGAUGAACAAUCCCACACAAAAGACAUGUCUAUGCACACACAACACGGCCGAGAUGCCCACAAUUCGCUCUCCGAAAUGGAGCAAGACUAUAAGGCUACUGAUGCCAAGCAUGAUGACAACCCGGCCAUUGGCAAUGACCUCGAAAUGAGUAUGCAAUAA